AUGGAUGGUGCGUUGAUAAAUUCCGUUUUAUACGUGAGUCCACGCAAUGGUGCACAUUAUUUUGUUGAACUCACUGAGAAACAUCUAUUGGCGUUUGAGAUGCUCAAUUCCAUGUGUCUCUUAGAAAAUUAUGAUCAUGUGCUGUUGUUUCUGGAGUGCCAGUUCGGCAAAUCUCACAAUUUGGCUGUUAUCCCGUUCGAUAUCAUAUUAGUUCUUUUCACGUUAUCGACUUUAUCUGAAUAUUAUAAGGAGCCGAUAUUGAGGGCAAAUGAUCCAUAUAACACGUCCAGGGAAACUUUAAGUAGGAGAGCUUUGAAACUAUUGCAGAAAUAUCUGGCGAUUCUGAAAGAGUUUGAUUCUGAGCAAUACAAUUUGUAUGACUUGGAGUUGUUGCGAUGCCAGUUUUUCUUGGCAAUCGAUACGUUGACACCAAAAAAGCAAAAGUGGGGUUUCGAUAGAUUUAGGAGAACGAAAUCUGAAAGUGGUGUAACAUAUAGGCAAAAUGCUAGUGUAGAUCCCGAGUUGGAUCAGGCUAAAACUUUUAAAAAUCCUUACAGGUCGUAUAUUAGUUGUCUUGAGCAAAGAAAUACCAUAUUGGGCAAUCGCUUAUUGAAUUUGAAACUGAAUGAACCUGGAGAAUUUAUUAACAUGAUUUUAUGGACAUUGUCUAACUCGCUGCAAGAAAGCACACCUCUGUUCCUAUCAAGCCAUGAGAUUUGGAUGCCCUUACUUGAAAUACUCAUUGAUCUGUUUAGUUGUAGACAAGAUUAUUUCAUACAGCAUGAAGUCGCCCAAAAUGUAAGCAAAUCCUUGUUCGUUCAACGCUUAUCUGAGAGUCCGUUAGCAGUUUUUUUUGAAUCUUUAAAUACAAGGAAUUUUGCGAAUAGGUUUUCCGAAUAUGUAUUUCUCAAUUGUGAUUACAAACUGCCAUCCGACAAUUAUGCAACGCCGGUUCAUCCCGUAUAUAAUGGUGAAAACACAAUUGUUGAUACGUAUAUUCCCACAAUUAAAUGUAGUCCUUUGUACAAAUCACAAAAAUCAUUAGCUUUGCGGAGGAAACUGAUUGGGUCAUGUUUCAAACUAUUACUAAGAGUUCCAGAUGGACAUAGAUUGAUUACUCCGAGAAUAGUUGCAGAUGAUGUUAUCCAGGGGAUCUCACGGACGUUGGCUUCUUUUAAUGAUAUCCUGCAGUUCAAAAAGUUUUUUAUGACUGAAAAUCUGUCGCAAGAGUCUUAUUUUAUACCCCUAUUAGCUGAAGGUACCCUUUCUGAGAUACUCAAAGACACACAGGAAUGUGUCGUUAUUUUAACGCUAGUCGAAAAUUUAUCAGAUGGCGUUUCAUUUUGCAACGAAGUUAUCGGUUUGGUUAAAUCAAAAUGUUUUGCUUUUACCGAGCAAUGUAGCCAAGCUUCGUAUGAAGAAGCCGUUUUGAAUAUUGAAAAGUGUGACGUCUGCCUACUGGUCCUACUACGAUAUCUUCUGCAUUUGAUCGGGACCGAAGCGAUAUUAGACGCUAAGGAACAGUUAGAAAUGUUACAUGCGAUUGAGAAAAAUGAUUCAGGGAGGCGACAGUGGGCCAAGGCGCUUAACUUAGGAAAUGAUCCGCCUUUAUUGUAUCCCAUAGUCUCCCAAAUGUUUGGCGUUCAUGAUAAAAGUGUAAUUAUAGAAUAA